AUGGCGGACGAGUCGACAGGCGCCCGGGCGUUGAGUACAAAGCAACCGUGCUUGGACUUCAUUGACACCCGCCUACCCGAAUACCACGAGGCCUUUGCUAACCCACAAGUGCGCUUCAACACGGCCCUCGGACGCUACGCGCCAAUCACGAUCCCACAAAACAAGGAGGACGACGGCAACAUGGGCCUGAGAAAGAGCAAGAAGCAGCAGCAGCAACAGCAGCAACAACAGGCGCAGCAACAACAGGCGCAGCAACAACAGGCGCAGCAACAACAGACGCAGCAACAACAGGAGCAGCAACUACAGCAGCAGCAACAGGAGCAGCAACUGCAACUGCUGCCCUCGCGGCCCUCGCAGCUCGCAAAGGCAACCCCGCCGGGCACGCCGGCGCGGCGGCCGUUCUGGGAUGUGAUGUUCCCGCAGGCCAUGGCGCAGCUGGCGGGGGUGCGCGCCGAGCCGACAGCUCUGGCCGGCACUCAGUACAGCAUCCGCGGCGCAAUGGGUUGGGCAGAGUUGGUCACCACGCUCGAGGCCGCGCGUGCCAAGUACUACAAGUACGAGGGCUUUGUCGGGUUCUGGAAGAAGGCGGGCGACAAGUUCUCGAACCACGUCGGCGACGCCAAGGCGCUGCUCUCGCUGCUGCCCGACAUGGAGUACACGUCGCUGAUCCACUGCGUGUUUGACGUCAUCUUCGAUGCAGCCAAAAGGACGGCCGAGAUCCGCGAAGAAGUCGAGCAGAGCCUACGUCAGAUGCGGGAGAAGCUGGGCGACGUCGAGCGCGUCGUUGCGCUCUGCGCGCCCGACGACGACUACCUCAUCCCCGCGGCUAUGACGGUGCUCGUGUCGGUGCUGCAGGCCCUCGAGGACAUUGUGCUCUACUACUCGGCAAAAAGAGGGCUGAAAAUGACGGCGACCGUCCUCUGGAAAACAACCGACUACAAGGCCGACCUGUCCGACUGCCUGGCCGGCAUCGACUCGAGCGGCAAGCGGCUGAUGCACAAGGCCACGCUGGACCACAUGCGCGUCACCCGCUCAGUCGACCUCAAGGCAUCAGAAGGGUUGGAAAAGUUGAAGAGCUUGCAGCUCGGUCAGCUCAAGCUGCAGAAAGAGCAGAAGCGGCUAGCCGACAAGCAGGCCGAGAUGGCCAAAGCCGAGCGGGCACUCGCCGUCCAGCAGCGCAAGCUGGCGGCGGCCAGCGAGCGCAACGCCGCUGCCAACGAGCAAAACGCCGCUGCCAACGCUCUAAACGCCGCCAUCUCGUCCAUGGCCGUGAACAGCAUCCGCCAGAUGUUCGAGGACUAUUUCGCGGGCAAGAGCGCACUUGAGCGCAAGAACGCCAAGCUCAUGGUCAAGAACGACCGCCUGACGUCGGCGCUGCGCGAGGAGCGGUCGCGCAGCCGCGGCCGGCUCUCAUGGGCCGACGCCGAGCCCGCGCCAGCAAUAACGCAGGACGAGCUGCUUCAGGCAAUGAACCUCCCACCGCCCACCAGCGACGAAGCAGAGACGACCGACGACGUAGCCAAAAUCUCCAGCUCUGCCGUCGUGGUAGACCGGCGCGACCAGGGGCGGGCGGAGCAGCUGGUCGGCAACCCGCAGUUCCAGCAGUGGAUGGUGCAGGCGAGCUCGACAGAGCUGCUAGUGCACGGACGCAUGAAGCCAAGCCGCACAAGCGUGUCGGCGCUGUCACUGUUCAGCGCGGGUGUCGUGCAGAGCCUGCGGCAGGACGCGCGCUUCUGCACGCUGGCCUUCUUCUGCGCCGAGCACGGCGACGCGCAUCUCGACCCGCUCGCGGGCGGCGCCGGCAUGGCCAGAAGCCUGAUUGCGCAGCUGCUGAGCCAGUACGUCUUCGACAGCGCGGACCUUGCGUUUGCGACACGCGACGUGGACAUGGCGGCCCUGGAGAGCGGCGGGCCCGACGAAGUCGACCAGCUGUGCCGGCUGCUCGUCGGGCUGGUGCUCCGGCUGCGGAGCAGGGUCACGCUGGUGUGCGUGCUCGACAGCAUCAACGUCUACGACGAUGCCGAGUUCAUGCAGGACCUGCAGGUCGAGCCCGUGCUGUACGAGCUGCUGGAGCUGACGCGCGACGAGCGGGUGCAGACCCACGUCAAGGUGCUGCUGACCAGCCCGACGGACACGGCCACCGUCUGGAAGGCGUUCGCCGACGAGGACGUCGUGUCCAUGGUUGGCCAGCCCAGGGGGGACAAGCGCUUCGAUGACGGCCGCCUGGCGCAGCAGCUGGGCAAUGCGCUGGGCAGAGGGCGGUGA